CGGAAAUAGAAUCUGUGUGCGGAGGCUGUUCAGGGAAAAUAGCCGCAGUUUCCUCAGCGAGGAUUAAAACGAGUCAAACCUGCAUUUUUGCUCGUUUAUAUCAACAUAAAUUACAUUUAAAGCAGAAACACAGUGAUGUCUGACAGUGACGACAGCGACUUCUCGGACAACCAGAGCGAGAGGAGCAGCGAGGCUGAAGAGGUUGACGCUGAAGAGAAUGAAGAGGACGAAGGGCAGGGAAGUGUCGCUGGUAGUGACAAAGCUGAAGAUGAGGGAGAGGACUUGGAAGAAGAUGAGGAGGAGUAUGAUGAAGAGGAGGAAGAGGAUGAUGACCGUCCUAGAAAGAAACCUCGUCAUGGAGGCUUUAUUUUAGACGAAGCCGACGUUGAUGAUGAAUAUGAGGAUGAAGAUCAGUGGGAGGAAGGAGCCGAGGAUAUUUUGGAGAAAGAGGAGGCUGAAGUUUCCAAUCUCGAUCCUGUAGCUCUGGAUGAGGAUCAUUCAGGUUCCCGCAGACUGCAGAACCUUUGGAGAGAUUCCAGAGAGGAAGCACUUGGAGAGUACUAUAUGAGGAAAUAUGCCAAGUCUUCAGGAGGAGAACAUUUCUAUGGUGGAUCAGAAGAUCUUUCGGAUGACAUCACUCAACAACAGUUGCUCCCUGGUGUUAAGGAUCCAAAUUUGUGGACUGUCAAGUGUAAGAUCGGUGAGGAGAGAGCUACUGCCAUUGCACUGAUGAGAAAAUUCAUUGCAUACCAGUGCACUGACACACCACUUCAGAUUAAAUCAGUAGUGGCUCCUGAGCAUGUGAAGGGAUAUAUCUAUAUUGAGGCAUAUAAGCAGACCCACGUCAAAGCUGCCAUCGAAGGAGUCGGAAACUUGCGAAUGGGUUACUGGAACCAGCAAAUGGUGCCCAUUAAGGAGAUGACUGAUGUCCUCAAAGUAGUGAAAGAAGUAACAAAUCUUAAACCUAAAUCCUGGGUCCGGCUUAAAAGAGGCUUGUACAAAGAUGAUAUCGCGCAGGUUGAUUAUGUGGAACCAAGCCAGAAUACAAUAUCACUGAAAAUGAUUCCUCGUAUUGACUUGGAUCGAAUUAAAGCAAGGAUGAGCAUGAAAGACUGGUUUGCAAAGAGAAAAAAGUUCAAGAGACCAGCACAAAGACUGUUUGACGCUGAAAAUAUUAGGUCACUUGGAGGGGAAGUUAGCCACGAUGGUGAUUUUAUGAUAUUUGAAGGCAACCGAUACAGUCGCAAAGGCUUCCUGUUUAAAAGCUUUGCCAUGUCUGCUGUGAUCACAGAUGGCAUUAAACCUACGCUUUCUGAACUGGAAAAGUUUGAGGAUCAGCCUGAGGGCAUUGACCUGGAAGUGGUGACAGAAACAACAGGUAAGGAGCGAGAGCACAACCUCCAGGCAGGCGACAAUGUGGAGGUGUGCGAGGGUGAAUUGAUUAACCUUCAGGGGAAAAUUCUCAGUGUAGACGGCAACAAGAUAACAAUCAUGCCCAAGCAUGAGGACCUGAAGGACCCUCUGGAGUUUCCAGCUCAUGAGUUGAGAAAGUACUUUCGCAUGGGCGACCAUGUAAAGGUCAUCGCUGGCCGUUAUGAAGGCGACACUGGUCUUAUUGUUCGUGUCGAAGAAAACUUUGUCAUUCUUUUCUCUGAUCUUACAAUGCACGAGCUUAAGGUCUUGCCUCGGGACUUACAGCUAUGCUCAGAGACUGCAUCCGGAGUGGAUGCAGGAGGGCAGCAUGAAUGGGGGGAGCUUGUACAGCUGGAUCCACAAACUGUUGGCGUCAUUGUACGACUGGAAAGGGAGACCUUCCAGGUACUUAACAUGCAUGGUAAGGUGCUAACGGUGCGGCACCAGGCGGUGAAUAGAAGGAAGGACAAUCGCUUUGCUGUCGCACUGGACUCUGAGCAGAACAACAUCCACGUAAAGGACAUUGUCAAGGUCAUAGAUGGACCACAUUCGGGCAGAGAGGGAGAAAUCCGGCAUCUCUUUCGUGGGUUUGCCUUCCUUCACUGUAAAAAGCUUGUUGAAAAUGGAGGCAUGUUUGUCUGUAAAACGCGCCAUCUAGUGCUGGCUGGGGGUUCAAAGCCUAGAGAUGUGACCAAUUUCACUGUUGGUGGUUUUGCUCCCAUGAGUCCUCGAAUCAGCAGUCCAAUGCACCCAGGAGGAGGGGGUCAGAUGCAGAGGGGGGGUGGUGGUGGUGGUGGUGGUGGUGGGGGCGGAAUGGGCCGUGGCCGUGGAAGACGAGACAAUGACCUGAUUGGACAGACAGUCCGUAUAUCCCAAGGACCAUACAAAGGUUACAUCGGGGUGGUCAAAGAUGCAACAGAAUCAACGGCAAGAGUAGAGCUGCACUCGACCUGUCAGACUAUUUCUGUGGACCGCCAGCGCCUGACCAGUGUUGGUGCUAAGAGACACGGAGGAAUGACUUCCACUCAUGGUCGCACUCCAAUGUAUGGCUCUCAGACCCCCAUGUACGGUUCGGGCUCUCGGACCCCGAUGUAUGGCAGCCAGACACCCCUUCACGAUGGAAGCCGAACACCUCAUUACGGCUCUCAGACUCCGCUGCAUGAUGGAAGUCGGACACCUGGGCAGAGUGGAGCCUGGGACCCCAACAAUCCCAACACACCAUCAAGGCCAGAUGAGGAUUAUGAAUUCAGCUAUGAUGAUGAGCCCUCUCCGUCUCCUCAGGGUUAUGGGGCCACACCUAAUCCUCAGACCCCUGGCUAUCCUGAAGUGCCCUCACCACAAGUCAAUCCCCAAUACAAUCCACAGACCCCGGGAACUCCAGCGAUGUACAACACAGACCAGUACUCUCCAUAUGCAGCACCAUCUCCACAGGGCUCCUACCAGCCUAGCCCCAGUCCGCAGAGUUAUCACCAAGUGGCUCCAAGUCCAGUUGGUUACCAAAACACCCACUCACCAGCUAGCUACCACCCCACACCCUCACCUAUGGCAUACCAGGCAAGUCCGAGCCCCAGCCCGGUAGGCUAUAGCCCCAUGACUCCUGGGGCUCCAUCCCCAGGUGGCUACAAUCCUCACACCCCUGGCUCAAACAUCGACCAGACCUCCAAUGAUUGGGUCACUACAGACAUUGUGGUGCGUGUCAAGGACACAUUUCUGGAUGGAGCAGUCAUCAACCAGACAGGCGUCAUUCGUAGUGUCACUGGCGGAAUGUGCUCAGUCUAUCUGCAGGACACGGAUAAGGUGGUCAGCAUUUCAAGUGAACACUUGGAGCCUGUGACUCCAACCAAAAACAACAAGGUGAAGGUGAUUUUGGGAGAAGACAGAGAGGCCACCGGUGUCCUGCUCAGUAUCGAUGGGGAGGACGGCAUCGUCCGAAUGGAACUGGACGAGCAGCUCAAAAUCCUCAAUCUCCGCUUCCUUGGAAAACUGGAUGUGUGAAAAGAAAAACGAGCUGUAUACAGUCACAUUGCCAUCAAGAAUUACUUUUUAUUUGUGUCCCAAUUCAAAUCAAUAAACUUUUUUUUUUUUUUUUAAAUCAGUGUUUUAGUGGCUAUAGAUCAUCAUUCAUAUUGCUUUUUGGAAAAAUGUCCAUAUCAAUAAAAAUACAAAACAU